AACCCUCUUUGAAACCUCAGACAUUCAGCUUUUGUCUGUCCUUCCUUCGCACAAUGUCUCUGACACCAAUAUCUUUGCUCACUCUCUAUCUCCUUCUCUUCCUUCUUCCUCCCACCGCCACCUCAACCCUCCACAACCUCCUCCAAAGCCAAGGCCUCCCCGCCGGGCUCUUCCCGGACAAUGUGAAGUCAUACAAUCUCGACCAGACGGGCCGCCUGGAGGUGCAUCUGGACCGCUCGUGCAUGACCAAGUUUGAGACCAGAGUCUACUUUGAAAGCGUAGUCAGAGCUAAUCUCAGCUAUGGAGUGCUCAGAGGCUUGGAGGGUUUGACUCAGGAGGAGCUUUUUCUUUGGCUGCCGGUGAAGGGAAUCUCAGUGAGCGAUCCGUCUUCUGGGCUGAUUUUGUUUGACAUUGGUGUUGCCCAUAAGCAGCUUUCUCUCUCUCUCUUUGAAGACCCCCCGGUCUGCAAGCCUCAAUCUCAAGGCAUUUCACUGAAGAGUGAAGGAGGAAGGAAGAUUGGAUUUCAGGCCCAGAGAUGAAGAUUUGAUCUUUUGUCACUUGACAGAUAAUCUUUCUCCUCUUUUUGUUUUGUGGGUAUUUUUCUCUUUUAAUUUUGCGCAAAAAAAGAUUGAAUGUUCAUAGAAGCUUGUUAGGAUUGUAAACAAAAGGAAUGGAAAAGUGAGGCUAAGAUUUGGAAUCAAAUGGUGCAAUUUUGGAAUUUUGCUCAAUUGGAAAUUUUGGGGUUUUUAUAU